AGAAAACACAAGAAGAACUUAGUUCGAUGUUCAUCAUGAGAGAGCAGAUGGGUGUGAUCCACGCCGGAGAACAGCAGAUGCUGCAGAUACCAGUGAAGAUGUGUUCAGUGAAGCUGCUGGACUGCAAGAACCUGAUGAAGAUGAGAGUGGAAACCACAGCAGAGGAACAACAGAGUGAUGAUGAUGAUUUUAUUCCUUCAGAGCUGAUGGAAGUUAAAGAGGAAUGUCAAGAGCUGAAUGAAGCAGAGGAGAAACAUCAUGAUUUCACAACUGGAGAAAAAUUUUUGAGUUUCUCAAAGACUGAAAAUAAUUUCUCACCAAAAAAUCCUCAAAGAAGAGCAGCAAAGAAAUCUCUUACAUGCUCUCAGUGUGAAAAGAAUUUCACAUGUAAAAGAUAUCUUAAUGUACACGUGAGAAUUCACACAGGAGAGAGACCUUACACGUGCCAUCAGUGUGGGAAAGGUUUCACCAUGAAAGGCAACCUUAAUUUACACAUGAGAAUUCACACUGGAGAGAGGCCUUACACGUGCCAUCUGUGUGGGAAAGGUUUCACUGUGAAAAGCAGCCUUAAAUUACACAUGAGAAUUCACACAGGAGAAAAGCCUUUCACGUGCCAUCAGUGUGGAAAAUGUUUUGCAUAUGCAGUUUCUCUCAAAAAUCAUGUCCAACAUCACUGUAGCAGAGAAAAGCCAUUUGAAUAUGAUAACUGUUGUAAAGCAUUUGCUCAGGAUUCAGACCUAAGAAAACACCUGAAAAUGCACACAAAUGAGAAGCCUUAUAAGUGUUCUUUUUGUGGAAAAUGUUUUGCACACCUGUCCUAUUUUAAAGAGCACCAGAAAAUUCAUACCUUUGCCGGAGUUCAUAUGUGCUUUGAAUGUGGGAAGACCUUUACUACAGCCGGCAGUGUGAAACAGCACCAAAGAAUUCAUGCUGGAGAAAAACCAUACAAGUGCUCACACUGUGAAAAGAGUUUCGCUCAGUCACAGAACCUGAAAACACAUGAGAGAAUUCAUACUGGAGAGAAACCUUAUAAGUGCUCACACUGUGAAAAGAGUUUCACUAAGUCACAUCACCUGAAAACACACGAGAGAAUUCAUACUGGAGAAAAACCUUAUAAGUGCUCACACUGUGAAAAGAGUUUCAAUCUGUCACAUCACAUGAAAACACACGAGAGAAUUCAUACUGGAGAAAAACCGUACAAGUGCUCACACUGUGAAAAGAGUUUCACUCAUUUACAAGACCUGAAAACACAUGAGAGAAUUCAUACUGGAGAAAAACCUUACAAGUGCUCACACUGUGAAAAGAGUUUCACUCAGUCACAUCACCUUAAAACACACGAGAGAAUUCAUACUGGAGAAAAACCUUACAAGUGCUCACACUGUGAAAAGAGUUUCACACGGUUACAAGACCUGAAAACACAUGAGAGAAUUCAUACUGGAGAAAAACCUUACAAGUGCUCACACUGUGAAAAGAGUUUCACUCAGUCACAACACCUGAAAACACAUGAGAGAAUUCAUACUGGAGAAAAA